GUGGGAUUCCAUGGAAGAAGAAGAAGAAGAAGAAGAAGAAGAAGAAGAAAAAAAUGUCGAAACCAGAAGAAGAAGAAGAAGUAAACAUCAACUUCUUUCCAAGAUCUACACAGAGAGAUUACAUCAUGGAUUUCGAUCUCGAUCUGGAGAUCGAUACUUCAUGGUUGAUGGAACAGAACCAGUUCCAGAAUCCUUUCUUGAAUAACCCGGCGUCACCGUUUGUAUUGGCUUCAUCGUCUCAUAAUCCCCUUCUUUUGUUAUCAUCUUCCGAUCAGAACUAUUCACCUUUGUGGCAAUUCUCCGAUGUUGACGAGAAUCCAACUGCUUGCAAUACCGAUUCUUCUGGACUUCUUCCAUGUAAUCCUGAUCCUGGUUCUGGUAAUCCUGUGAUCGAUGAAGAUGAAAGAAGUCCCCUUCCAGUAUCUCUUGCUUUGGUGCCACAGGAGAACCCAGAUGGAUGCCUGAUCAAAGAGAGGUUGAUGCAAGCACUUCGGUACCUCAAGGAAUCAACAGGACAUGUUCUUGCUCAGGUUUGGGCACCUGUAAAGGAUGGGGACCGGCAUGUACUGACAACUUCUGGGCAACCUUUUGUUAUCGAUCCACACAACAACGGUCUUCUUCAGUAUAGAACCGUCUCUCUGACAUAUACGUUUUCUGUGGAUGGGGAUAAUGAUGAGCAUCUGGGGCUCCCUGGUCGUGUUUUCUGGCAGAAGUUGCCAGAAUGGACCCCAAAUGUGCUGUAUUACAGCAGCAAAGAGUAUCCAAGACGUGAUCAUGCUUUGCACAACAACGUUAGAGGAUCCUUGGCUUUGCCAAUCUUUGAGCCUUCUGGACAAUCAUGUGUUGGUGUACUUGAGCUUAUAAUGACAUCACAGAAGAUUAACUAUGCUCCUGAGGUUGAUAAAAUCUGCAAAGCUCUUGAGGCAGUAAAUCUGAAAAGUUCUGACGUACUGGAUCAUCCAAGCUUGCAGUUCUGCAAUGAAGGUCGCCAAAAGGCCUUGGCUGAAAUCUUAGAGAUAUUAACCGUUGUGUGUGAGACCCACAAAUUUCCUUUGGCUCAGACAUGGGUUCCAUGCAGGCAUCGCAAUGUUCUAGCCAAUGGUGGUGGUGUGAAGAGAAGCUGUACAAGCUUUGAUGGAAGCUGCAUGGGACAAGUCUGCAUGUCCACAACUGAUGUAGCAUUCUAUGUUAUAGAUGCACAAAUGUGGGGUUUUCGUGAUGCUUGUGCCGAGCAUCACUUACAGAAGGGGCAGGGAGUAGCAGGAAGGGCAUUUUCAUCCAGUGGGUCAUGUUUCUCCAGGGAUGUCACUCAAUUUAGAAAAACUGAGUACCCCCUGGUACACUAUGCACGCAUGUUUGGCUUAACUAGCUGCUUUGCUAUUUGCUUAAUGAGUACUCACACAGGCAGUGACCAUUAUGUUCUAGAGUUCUUUCUGCCACCUAGCAUCACAGACUACAAAGAGCAAGAAGCUUUAUUAGAUUCACUCUUGGAAACAAUGAAGCAUCAUUUCCGGAGUUUGAGGGCUGCUUCUGGAAAAGAAUUGGAAGAGGAGUGCAGAUCUGUUGAAAUUGUUGAAAAGUCUCCGGACGAGAAACUCAACUCCAAUGUUGACUGUGUUCACGUAUCCCCUAGCACUAAAUCCCCUAUCGGGCAUGAUGGCUUACAAAAUAUGGUGGAGAUGGUGCAGCCAAAACCAUUAGAACAGUGUGUAUUAGACAGUUACAGUCUGAAGGAUAGAAAGAGUCUGGUCACUGCUAAUGAAAGUCACACUACUGUUGCUUUCUCUGACAAUAAAGUCACGAAGAGAACAUUGGAGAGAAGACGUGGGAAGACGGAGAAAUCAAUCAGUUUAGAGGUCCUCCAACAAUAUUUUUCUGGGAGUCUUAAAGAUGCUGCAAAGAGUCUUGGUGUUUGCCCUACUACCAUGAAACGAAUCUGUAGGCAGCAUGGAAUUUCCCGUUGGCCUUCUCGCAAGAUCAACAAGGUUAAUCGUUCUCUGACCAAGCUGAAACAUGUCAUUGAAUCUGUCCAAGGUGCUGAAGGAGCAUUCAAUAUGACUUCUCUCGUGACGAGUCCAAUUCCUGUUGCUGUUGGUUCCAUUUCUUGGCCUGCCAACUUGAAUAAAUCCAAUCAACGGUUGCCAGGUUCUAAGCCUUCUGACGUGGGGGGAAGGGAGACUGAAUUACCAGCCUACAUUACUCCAGAAAGCAAUGGGCAUGGUGAUGCAAGGGAUCAGAUAAUUAAUGGGAAUGGACUGUUGACUCAUCAGGAGUUCAUUCAUGAUCAAAAUGGGGUUGUCAUUGAGUGUUGCAAUAGUCCCAAUGACUCCAAUGUCUCUAAAACAUUAAGUGGAUCAGGAGGGGAGUGCAAUGGCACCCCUAAUUCUCACAGUUCAUGCCAAGGCAGCCCUGCCAAUGAAUCUGCCCAGUUCAAUGGUCCAUUUGUUUCUUCCAUCCAAGAAGAAGGUGUCAAUGUCAGAAUAUCAUCAGCUUGGGCAUUUCAACCGACACACACAAUUGCACCUGCUAUCUACUCUGUCCCUGAUGCUACUAUCAGUACACAACCGCAAGCACCAUUGGGUGGAAUGGUAGUAAAGGAUGCAAGAAACUCCAAAGACUUGAGAAACCUCUGUGGUUCAACAGCUGAGUUUUGCCUGGAUGAGCAGGUCGCAGAUGCUAGUUGUAUAAAAAAAUCUCCAUGUUCUGCUGAAGGCUCACCAGAGACACUGGCUCCUUUCUCUCACAAGAUGCCACCUGUUACAGCUAACCUAGAUAUUGGAACAGUUACCAUUAAGGCAACAUAUAGGGAAGAUAUUAUUAGGUUUCGGCUCUCUCUGACUUCUGGUGUGGUCAAGUUGAAAGAGGAAGUGGCGAAGCGGCUGAAGUUGGAGGUGGGUACAUUUGAUAUCAAGUAUCUUGAUGAUGACCAUGAGUGGGUUUUGUUGGCUUGUGAUGCAGACUGGCAUGAGUGUAUGGAUGUCUCGAGAUUAUCUGGUGGACGUGUGAUCAGACUAUUGGUGUAUGACAUAGUUCCCAACUUUGGGAGCUCCUGUGAAAGCUCAGGUUAUUUAGGAGGAAACACAUUGUAAAGCCUAUAGACUUGUAGUUCAAACUUGUAAGCCUGUAGACGAGUAGCACAAACUUGUAAAUCAUUAGUACCAGGUAGGUGAAAUUGUAAAUUAAUUUGAUUUUGACACCCUGCCAAAUGUAACAAAAUUUCCCUGUUUGGAAUAGAAAAUUUCAGCUGGCAUCUUUUGUGCUUCUUCCCUGGA